ACAGAGCACAAGAGUAGCUGCUUGGGAUUAGUUGCUGCUCAUGCAUCAACCACACACAUGUAAAUUUUCACUCAUGAAAAUCUGCACCAGGCCAGAGCACAAGAUCUGUUUUCCUCGUUCUGUCCCCACCCACCUCCCUCCACCUCCCAGUCUCCUCCAGUGGUAGUAGGUCCCUGGGCCAGGACACUGCUAGAAAACAGCUCCUCCCCCCACUGUUGCUUACUGAUCUGGAGUCACCUUGAGCUCUAGAAGGGAUUGGCGAUAGGCCCAGGGACCAGGGCAGGGCCACCAAAGGCUCCCCCCAGGUGGAGCCCUUGGACCCCCUCCUUAGAGUCCUCUGACCCUGGUCCCUGCCCUGCAGAAAAUGGGUGAGUUGCCCUUAGAUAUCAACAUCCAGGAACCUCGCUGGGAUCAAAGCACUUUCCUGGGCAGAGCCCGGCACUUCUUCACUGUUACUGAUCCCCGAAAUCUGCUGCUGUCUGGGGCACAGCUGGAAGCUUCCCGGAUCAUCGUGCAGAACUACAGGGCCGGCGUGGUGACUCCAGGCCUCACCGAAGACCAGCUGUGGAGGGCCAAGUAUGUGUACGACUCUGCCUUCCAUCCAGACACAGGGGAGAAGGUGGUCCUGAUUGGCCGCAUGUCAGCCCAAGUGCCCAUGAAUAUGACCAUCACCGGCUGCAUGCUCACCUUCUACAGGAAGACCCCAACUGUGGUGUUCUGGCAGUGGGUGAAUCAGUCCUUCAAUGCCAUCGUUAACUACUCCAACCGCAGUGGCGAUGCUCCCAUCAGUGUGGGGCAGCUGGGAACAGCUUACUUGAGUGCCACCACUGGGGCUGUGGUCACGGCCCUGGGCCUCAAAUCCCUCACCAAGCACCUGCCCCCACUGGUUGGCAGAUUUGUACCCUUUGCAGCUGUGGCAGCUGCAAAUUGCAUCAACAUCCCUCUGAUGAGGCAGAGGGAGCUGCAGGUGGGCAUCCCCGUGACUGAUGAGGCAGGUCAGAGGCUUGGUCAGUCGGUGACUGCAGCCAAGCAGGGAAUCUUCCAGGUGGUGAUAUCGAGAAUCGGCAUGGCAGUUCCUGCCAUGGCCAUUCCCCCUGUGAUCAUGGACACUUUGGAGAAGAAAGACUUCCUGAAGCGCCGUCCCUGGCUGGGGGCACCCCUGCAGGUGGGACUGGUAGGCUUCUGCCUGGUAUUUGCCACCCCCCUGUGCUGUGCCCUGUUCCCCCAGAGAAGCUCCAUACAUGUGAGCAGGCUGGAGCCAGAGCUGAAAGCUCAGAUCCAUCAGCAAAACCCCAGCAUCGAAGUGGUCUACUACAACAAGGGGCUCUGAGGGAGAGUCAGCCCUGGCCCCUCCCUCACCUCCUUGGGCUGCUGCAUUAGUGGAGCCUUGCCAUCCUGCCACUUUCUCUUCUGCCUGGUAUUGGACACGGGGCUUGGUGGGGAGUAGCCUUUGAAACCAGCAAUCCACUAGGCUGGGGAAGUACCCCAAUAAGCCUUUUUCUCUCCUCUCUGAUUCCAAAGAGCAGGGUCACAUAAUCCCUUUCUCCUGCACUAGUGUGUCUUCAUAUAUGCAUAUGUGAUAUGUGUGUGUGUACACACUGUCCUGGAAGCUAGGAGCAGACGUGCUGUCCUGGGAUGUCCUGAUAUCUGGCUUCUCUUCUUGGCCUCCUGCCACCUGCCAGCCAGCCAGGCUAUGGGACUUAGACAGUCCCAGUGGCCAAGUCAUUUCUGACAGUACCUCACUCCUUCUAGACAUAUGAGAAGCCCCAGGAUCUCAGGACAGACUGAGGGACACUAGCAAACCAAACUGGGCUGAAUCCUUUAGAUUUCUGCUUCCUGGCUCCCAAAGCUGAUUCAGGAACUGGGCUGGCAGAGGAAGAUAUGUCAGCUAAGGGAGGCAGGGGGCUUAAACUAUCUCCCACAUCCUGGAAUAGAUCAUUUCCUCUCCUCUUCUCUACCAGAACAAAGGAAUGUUAGUAUCCUGUAUUGCUCUUGCCAUCUUCCCAUUCCCCCUGCAAUGUGGGCAUCUUCUUGGUCCACUCUGACAUUAUAACCUCAAAUUUAAACCUACAACCCCAGUCCUCUCCUUCAACCAAAAAGCCACAAAGGCAGAGAAUCAUUCCUCUUUCAGAGCUCCCGUUGUACCUUCUUACAGAGGGACACAGCUGUGGGAACAGUACUUAAACUCCACAGGUAUAUGAAUGGGUGUAACUAGUACACCCUCUAGGGCAACUAAGGCCACAACUGUACAGUCUUAAGACAGGGAAUUUUGUGUUCCUUCGACCCUUGUUAGACAUUCAGCAGAACCCCCACCUUAGCUCCUUUUCUUUUUUAAGGCUUGGCCCUGCUCCCACCCCUACCCCCAAGGGGAGGAGGGGCCCUGGCAUCAAUGGCUGGUCCAAAGGGGAAGUGGGUUUGGGGAUGGAGUGUGUGCUAGUAAACUAAGAGGACAGAGUUGGACCUUGGCUCCCAUGACCUCUGGCUGAAGGGGUGGGGUGAAGGCCCCAGCAAGAUCCCCUAAGAGCGCACCUGCUCCCCCAACCAGCUGCCACCAAUAAUAAAAGCUAUGAUACCAUUGUUAUUCAAUAAACAGAAUUUGUCUA